AUGAAGAACAAAUUUCAAUUUAUUGAUGGAUCUAUUGAGAUUCCUGAGGAAGGUGAUUUGAAUUACAUAGCUUGGCAAAGAUGCAAUAAUAUUGUUCAUACAUGGAUUAUUAAAUCGAUAAUUCCAUCAAUUGCACAAAGUGUUGUGUUCAUUGAUAAUGCAGUGGAUAUGUGGAAUGAUCUCAAGGAUCGAUUUAUGCGACGAGAUAGAAUUUGUGUUGCACAGUUGCACCAAGAAAUUUCAAAUCUGAAACAAGGAAAUAAGAAGGUUUCAGAUUAUUUCACGGAAUUGAGGAGCUUGUGGGAAGAAUUGGAUCAGUACAGGCUUAUGCCAAGUUGUACAUGUCACAUAGCAUGUGCUUGCUUAGCCAUAAGAAAUAGCAGAAGCUUUAGAGCUGAAGAUAGGAUAAUCCAAUUCUUGAUAGGUUUGAAUGAAGAAUUUCAUGGAGUUGUGUCACAAGUGUUGCUUAUGGAUCCCCUACCACAAAUCAAUAGAGUGAUUUCUAUGGUGAUGCCGCAAGAGAGGAAGAUAAGUGGAACUUUGUUCACAAGUAACAACACUGCUGAUGAGGGAGCAUGUAUGGUUAAUGCUGUUGAUAGAUCAAAAAAACCGUAUGGUAGAGGAAUAGGAAAUGGUAAUUCCUAUGCAGGUAGAGGAAGAGGAAACUUGAAGGUUUGUACCCAUUGUGGUAAAACUGGACACAUUAUUGAUAAUUGUUACAGAAAGCAUGGAUAUCCUCCUAAUUUUGGAAAUGAGAAUUCAUAUGCAAAUCAAGUGGAGGUGGAUGAAUCUGAAAAAUCUGUUACAGCAUCAACCAGUGACAGUGGAGGUGGAAACAUGUCUCUUACUAGGGAGCAAUACCAUAAUUUGAUGAUGCUGCUUGAGAAGAAUGCAGGCUCCAUCAACAUUGCUAAAGGAGGUAAAUCACACAUUGCCAAUUUUAAUGCUAGAAGUAGUGUAAAUUGGAUUUUAGACACAUGA